ACAGAACGGGCCAGCGGGGCCAACUGGGAGCGCCGCUGCUUCCCGCCUCGCUUUUCAAUUUACGGCACUGUCGUGACUCAGGGGACCGGCGGCCCCGGUGAUGCUUUACGGCAGAGGUCGGGUCCUGCGCGUUGAUUGGCUCCGCGGUGGCCGCGCCGCGCUCUGAUUGGCCCCGCGCGGGGCCGGGGGCGGUUUGAGCGGCAGUGCCGGGCGCGGCGGUGGCUCCGCGGUUCCGGCACGAUGCUGCCCCUGUCGUUGCUGAAGACGGCGCAGAACCACCCCAUGCUGGUGGAGCUGAAGAACGGAGAGACGUACAACGGGCACCUGGUGAGCUGUGACAACUGGAUGAACAUCAACCUGCGGGAGGUCAUCUGCACCUCACGGGAUGGAGACAAGUUCUGGAGGAUGCCGGAGUGUUACAUCCGUGGCAGCACAAUCAAAUACCUGCGGAUCCCCGAUGAAAUCAUCGACAUGGUGAAAGAGGAGGUGGUCUCCAAGGGCAGAGGCCGUGGGGGGAUGCAACAGCAGAAGCAACAGAAAGGCCGUGGCGUUGGAGGUGCUGGACGAGGUGUGUUUGGGGGCCGUGGCCGAGGAAUACCGGGCAGCGGAAGAGGCCAGCAGGAAAAAAAGCCAGGCAGGCAAUCGGCGAAGCAGUGAGGGGCUGCGUGAGCCCCGGCCAGGGACAGUGCGCAGCGCUCCUCGGUGCCACCUCAGGAUGGCCAUGGGUUCACAUCCUUCAACCUCUGCUCCUCCGUCAGUCGAUCCGUGCCCGAAUCGCGUUGUUCGGAAGCCCCUCGCUGUUCCAUCUGAUCAAGUGCAGCUCUGGGCUUCUUUUAGCCAGCCAGCCUGUAAUUGGAAAUGUUUAAAAAAGAAGUUAAGGACCUGACUUCAGCACUAUUGAAUCUGUUGGGAUCUCUGUUUUAAUUUACGAGCAUCUCCUGGGCGCUGUGAGAUCUGAGGCCAACGCUUUCGGGCUCGGUCGUGUGGCUGGUUUGGUUUUCAUUUCGUUUUGUUUUCUAACACUUGGCACACUGGCAAUGUCUCACCUGCUCACAGGCGCAGCGUUUUGGUUUAAAAACACUGAACUUGGGGAGAUGGUGCCUUUAGUGAGCGGCCGCAGGGUUUGUUUGGUCGUGUUUGAACACAGCAAACUGUCAGGCUGCCUCCUUCCCCUCCUUUUGGGCAGUCUGUCUGUCUCUGGCCUUGGCUUAAAGGAGAACCGGCACGGAUUUCGCUUUGGGCUUCAAGGGUUGUUUCCAAGAGAGCUUUGUGACGAGCGAGGGUUUCCCAAUUAGUGUAUAGCUAAUUUGACUUCAGAUUAGAAGUUCCCUUGAAAGGAAA